AUACAUGAUUCCGCAGGAUAACAUAUUAUAAAUGACUGCAAUCAGACACUGCAAAGAUUGUCAUGACUCGAACUCUCAACUCACGAGACAAUGAACAUCGGUUUCAACUCAAGUUUCUGCCUUCGGAUAGCGAACUUGGUUCUGCAGGAAGAAGCUGAAAAAGGGUCGAAUUCAGUACUCUCCCCCUUAUCUUUCCAAGUAUUGCUGUCCUUAGUUGCUGCAGGUUCGACUGGCCGGACUCUGGAGCAGUUUCUUUUGCAUUUGGGAUCUGAAAAUCUUGACAACCUUAAGUUGCUCUCUUCAAAACUUGUUGCCCUUUUAUCAGUGCGCAGAGAUGAUACGAAUCUUGCUGCGGGCCCUUUGGUAUCAUUUGCUAACGGAACUUGGGUUGAUCGUUCUUUGGGUCUGAGAUUUACGUUUCAAUCAAUGGCUGAAGAGGUUUUCAAAACUCAGGUGAAAGAGGUUGAUUUUGCAAAUAAGGCCGAUGAAGUGAGAGAUGAAGUAAAUUCAUGGGCUGAAAGUAUCACUGGUGGACUGAUCAAAGAAAUCCUUCCACUCGGAUCUCUAAACCAGGAUACUGCACUUGUCCUUACAAAUGCACUCUACUUCAAAGGAGCAUGGAAUAGGAUUUUUGACACGACGAGGACCAAAACUAUGAUUUUCCACCUUCUCAACAGAGAGGAAGUCCGUGUUCCCUUCAUGACCAGCAGGUGUAAUGAGAAACAUCUUUACGGGGAGAACAGUGAAUACAAAAUUCUUCAAAUGCCUUACCAAAAUGGCCAAGAUAUGCGAAAAUUUUCUAUGUAUUUCUUUCUUCCAGCGAAAACUGAUGGAUUGCAAAACCUAGUUCAAAAGUUCCGUUCCAAUCCUGAGUUCUUCAGUCAAAACUUUGAUUUAAGAGAAGAGGAACUGACUGAAUUUUGGAUCCCCAGAUUCAAGUUCUCGUAUGAGUUUGAAGCAUCAAGAAUUGUCAAAAACCUCGGCCUAGAUUUGCCCUUUACAAAUCUUGCUGAGUUCAACGAAAUGGUGGAUCCCCCUUGUAGCAACAGACUCUGUAUUUCUAAAAUAUUUCAUAAGUCGUUUAUUGAAGUGAAUGAGGAGGGCACAGAAGCAGCAGCCAGCACUGCAACCACUUUUGUGCUCUUUUCUGCUACAUUUCCCACAGCAAGUUUUCGGGCUGAUCAUCCUUUCAUCUUCAUGGUAAGGGAAGAGGCUUCAAAGGUUGUCUUUUUUACUGGGGCUGUUCUUAAUCCACUUGAACAGAUGACUAGCUCCUCCUGAGGAUUCUUGAAUUGUGUUAUUAUCUCUGUGUAGUUGGUUGAUUUGUAUGAAUAGUGGAAUUCACUUUACAGAAGUUAUAGUGAAUUGCAUGAAGAGC